AUUUGCCGCCAGUAAAAUGAAUUAUCCCUUGAGGUUUAUUAUAUAAAUAAACAAUUCUUCGUAAAAUAGAUAACUAUUCAUAUUAACAAAUAACUGAGGGUGUAAUAAUGUACAAGACUCAAGUAUUACUGAAGGAAUUUGAGGAUAAAUGUAAUACGCUGACUAUGAAAGGAAUGGAAAAGCAAAAGGACAGUAUCUCGAAAUUUAAGUGAAUUACAAAGUUUUCCAAAAUCUUAGGCAAAAUAAAUAGAAAUGUGGGUGUUUGUGCUUGUGUUAGUGAAAUUGUUCUGUGAAUUCUCAGCAUAACAAUUUGAAGAGACAUUACCAUGUGAGAUAAAUUAAUAAGGUUCGAAUUCGUUUUAACAAAAGACCAUUAACAUUGCGGAGGAAGCUAUGCUCCUACAGUUUAAGGAGUUUUUAAUCAAAUUAUCUUGUUGACAUCGAAUAUUGUGAUUUGGAAAGAUGAAUAACACAACAUUCCUGCAAAAUACAUCUGAAUUAGCGUUGGAACAUGAUGCCUGGAGCGAUUUUUCAAAACCUCAUCCACUGUAUAUUGUUCUUCCUGUGACACUGAUUUACUCCAUCAUUUUCCUAACUGGUGUACUUGGCAAUGUCAUCACGUGCAUUGUGAUUUCUAACCAUAGAUCCAUGCACACCGCAACCAAUUACUAUCUCUUCAGCUUGGCCAUAUCGGAUUUAUUGCUACUGAUAUCAGGUGUACCCCAGGAAAUCUACAAUACGUGGUACACGUGGGAAGCACCUUAUCCGUUCACUGAAACGAUAUGCAUCCUCCAGGGAUUUGCUGCAGAGACAUCUGCCAAUGCAACUGUCCUUACGAUAACAGCAUUCACAGUCGAGAGAUACAUGGCCAUUUGUCACCCAUUCCUGUCGCAUACCAUGUCGAAGCUCUCUCGAGCAAUUAAAUUCAUCCUGGCAAUUUGGGUUAUUUCCAUGUGCAUGGCUGUACCCCAGAUUUGGAAUUUGGGAUUCAUCGAGGGAGAGUACUGCACUUUGAGAAAGGAAGCUUACAAACACGUCUUUCUCAUCUCUACUGUGCUUGUUUUUGCCUUUCCAAUGGUGGUUAUUACUGUUCUGUAUGUUUUAAUUGGUCUGCAAUUGCGGAAAUCUAAAGUGGUAACACGAGGAACUGUAGCUGGAAGCAGUGUUCGAUUGAAGGUAAGGAAUUACGCCUCACGGCACGUAGUCAACAUGUUGGUGGCCGUUGUCGUGGCAUUUUUCAUCUGCUGGGCACCUCAGCAUUCUCAGCGCCUCUACUCCAUCUAUGCUCAAGAUAACAGCCACAAGAAGAUUUACAUUAUAAUAUACCAAGCUAUGAACUACACGUCUGGAAUUUUGUACUACCUAUCGACGUGUAUCAAUCCAUUCCUCUACAGUAUAAUGAGUUAUAAAUUUCGAGAGGCCUUUAAGGAAACCAUCGUCUUCUCCUUCCAUCGACGCUCACCACGUGCCGGUCGCCAAGGUAGGUUUUAUCGAACUGUUUCGCAGCGUUCUAACUCAAACAAUUCUCAUUCGGCAAACACUUGCUCGUCAAUCUGUUCCACCCAAUACACGCCGUACGCACAUCGGCGUCUGGACGCAGACUUUGGACGACUGUCUACGAAUGCCCAGCGUCCACUUGUCGUGUCAUUUAGACGCUUUGCCAAGCCCCGUCCAGGCGAUCAAGAAUUUUCCAUUGUACCCAUUUCGGAGAAAUCCAGUGAUGAUCCAACCUCAUCCACGGCCAGUGUUGAGCCAAUCCUAAAGAGUCAAUGCUGUGGUAUGUCAAGUCGUCUGGACACAUGCUGUGGACAGAAGAUGCCCCCGAGCAAUGGAUGUAUUAAGGUUCUACAUGAAAACUCUGAAUGUUUGGAGGGAAAGGCAAUUUUUGCCGUGGAUCGAUCCACUCAAUCCACCCUACUCACACGAAGCGAUGAGAAUUUGCCCCAAUUUGUACAUGAAGCCAUCAGAGAGGACAUGUACACGCCAGGCCAUCAGAUGAGGCAUUUAAGUCAAACUGUCGGCAUGCAACAAUCCAUAUUCCACACAGUACAGGAGAAGGCUCAACAAUUUGUAUCGCGUCACGUGUACAUUGAUUUCAGCGGACGAAAGAGCAAUAGGUCACCCUAUGAUAGCCCCGAGAUGUCCAACAGUUCCAAGCAACUCGAGGAGAAUCUGCAAAAAAUUCUCGAGGAAGUUGUUUUGCAUCCCACCAAGCACGCAAAGCCCAAACGUCGAGUCACGGACUUUAUCCGGCUCAAUGGGGGCAAGAGUAGUAUCUGCUGCCUCAGCAGUGGUGAUGGGGGCCAUUCCAAAGGCACCAGCGAGAACAGUGUGCAGGAGGGCGAACGGAGGCAUAUGGCCAAGAGCAGGAGUUUGCCAACGUUUUCUCAUUUGAAUGUAUCCACAAGUGGUGAAAGCUCUCAGCAGAGCUUUUACUACACAUCGGAUAUUCAAGCUUAGAACGCCCUCUUCAAAACAGCACAGAGCUUUCACCACCAGGCGUCUCCACUGAAUGUUAUCCUCGCUGGUAGUGUUGUUAAAUUACAUUGGAAUUGCCAAAACCAAACGUAAUCAAUUCAAAAUGUACAAAAUAAAUGUUUUUCAAUAUAGAAUCACAAGAACUUCUCUAAAGAAUAAUGUAUUGUUGUUAAUUCGUGUAAUUAAAGAAAUUGUUGAAUGUUCAUCUACAAAUUCCUACUAAGAAUAAAUUAUGUAAAUAAGAGUAUUUUUACAAAAUUUUUGUAAAUAAAAUUAUUGGCAUUUUUAUAUUGUAGUAUAGGAAUUACAAAA